UUUGCAAUGUCAGCAGCCGCGGCGGCGGCGGCGGUCGAGGCCCCGCGGUAGCGGCCAGCGCAGCACGGCACGGCGGGCGCGCACGGCGCGAGCCCGCGGCCGCCUCGCUGCCUUCGGGGCGCUGCGGACGGCUCGGCGCGGCCCGAGGCGGCGCUCGGACUCGAAGCCAGCCCGGCUGCGGCCGCUCACAAAGGACCGCGGACACCAGGCUCCGGGGGGCUGCGCGCAGGGACCGGCCGGGGGACGGCCCGCCGCGGCGCGUCCCCUCCACGCUUCCCCUCCCCGGGCGGCUGGAGCCCGAGCCAGAGCGGGCCCCGUCAUAUGACAGCGGCGACCCAGCGGCCAGCGAGCGCGCGUGCUGCCCGCUCGGCUGCGCCACGGCCGCCGGCGCCAGGGGGGGCCCGCGCCGCGCCCCGCUGAGUGGUCGCCGGUCGCUGCCGCCCCGCGUCCCCCGCGCCCUGGCUCUCGGGCUCCGGGGGCAGGAGCCGAGGGGAACCCCGCGCCGGCGCCAAGCCUAAAAUGGCCACGCUGCUCCGCAAAAUCGGGCUCAUCCGCCUGCACAACCGGGACACCGAGGACCCCAAGCAUCACCACAACCACCGCGGCGGCGGCGGCGGCCAGCAAAGCGCGUCGCUGCGCGGCAAGGGCGGCGCCAAGAGCGGCGGCCACAAGCCGCAGCAGCAGCAUCCCGCCGGGGGCGCGGGCGACGCCAGCCCCGGACCCGGCAAGGGCAAGGGCAAGCGCGCGGCGGAGCUGGCCCAGCGCGACAAGCCGCCGCAGCCGGCGGCGGGGGCGGCGAGCGGCGGGGGNNNNGGGGGCCCCCGGGAGCGCGCGGCGGGCGCCAGGGCGGGGCCGGGCCCGGCUGCGGCGGCGGCGGCGGCGGGUGGCAGCCUGGUUCCCGCGGCGCGCCAGCAGCACUGCACGCAGGUGCGCAGCCGGCGGCUCAUGAAGGAGCUGCAGGACAUCGCGCGCCUCAGCGACCGCUUCAUCUCCGUGGAGCUGGUGGACGAGAGCCUCUUCGACUGGAACGUGAAGCUGCACCAGGUGGACAAGGACUCGGUGCUGUGGCAGGACAUGAAGGAGACCAACACCGAGUUCAUCCUGCUCAACCUCACCUUCCCCGACAACUUCCCCUUCUCGCCGCCCUUCAUGCGGGUGCUCAGCCCGCGCCUGGAGAACGGCUACGUGCUGGACGGCGGCGCCAUCUGCAUGGAGCUGCUCACGCCGCGCGGCUGGUCCAGCGCCUACACCGUGGAGGCCGUCAUGCGCCAGUUCGCCGCCAGCCUGGUCAAGGGCCAGGGGCGGAUCUGUAGAAAAGCGGGCAAAUCAAAAAAGUCCUUCAGUCGCAAGGAAGCUGAAGCUACCUUUAAGAGUUUGGUGAAGACUCAUGAAAAAUACGGCUGGGUCACCCCUCCCGUCUCUGACGGCUGAUGUUUGCAACGUGCAUUAGACGCUUCAGCCGCCUCUGCACACACACAGAUACCCGACAUCUCCUCCUCCACGCUGAGCAUCCUUCAUCCUUUUUCACUCCAGCCGGAACUGAAUCCUGAAUGCCAAGGAGACGUUUAAGUUAUUUAUGACCAGAUGUGUUUACAGAGAGAAAGAGGGAGCCAACGCUGUUUGGGAUUAGGUUUCAAUUAUAAAUGAAUGAUCAUCUCUAAGUCACUUUAGAACAAAUGUCAAGAUGGUGACAUUCCCCAGCCCGCCUGCCCCUCCGCCCGCCCCAUCACUUUGGCCCUUAGCUUCUUUCCAUGACAGCAACUCCAAAGAGCAGGCGGGAAACUCAGUGCCCCAUGCUGGACCCGUUUACAUGUAAAAGGCGCCGUUCAUAUGUAACAGGAGCGCCCUGCAUCACCAGUACAUGUUUGCUGUGCUCUGUAUCUCUGUUUCUCUCCCUGGCAGGUCAACAUAACUUGAAGACGUGUCUUCCUGUGGCCCCAUGUCAUGACAUGUAGACCUCAUUUGUGCUAUGACCUUUGGCUCAUGAAAACAAAAAUUUAAUAUUGCCAGGUUCUAGUGAUAUAAAACAGCAACUGCCCACUUGGUUAAACCGUGCUCCCAAUGCCGAUGCUGCAGUGUGUGUGUGUGUUGUCCACAGCUCAGCCCGUGCCUGUGGGUGAAGCCGGGCAUGCUGUGGCCAUGAUGGGGCACACACGGUGCAGAUGCCAAGGGCGCCAUCCCUGGGGCUCAGAGCAACGGUGGUGAGAUGCGGACAGUCUCUUCCAAUAUCCUGAGAUGCUCCUACGACAUUUGUGUUCCUGUCUUCUCUCUGCUGGUCAACCCACCACCAAAAGCAAAAGACAAUGUCCCAUUCACUGAAGUCACCUUACUCACUUUCUUCUGUGUGCUCGUGACAGGGAAUACCAGAACUGCCAAAGGAGACCCAGUGACCAUACGAUGAUUUGCAUGGCCCAGUAGUCACUUGUGUGUCCCCGAGGCUGGGAUGCGUGAGCACCCUUGCUAGGAUAUAAAUUUCUGUUAUUUAACUCCCCACAAUUUCAUUUUUCUCUUCUGUUGAGUUACUUAGAACUUUCUAAGAAAAACCAUGAAAUGAGGAAACACUGUUUAUAAUAAUAUGCGGAAAGAGGUUAAAAUGUUCAUUCCAAGUGGAAAAAUCUUAUUGGACACAUUUUAAAUAAAAUCAUGCAUACCUGAAUCCAGUCAUUGUGGGCUAUCCUUCCAUUUAAAAUAUUUAAUCUAUUUUCAGAAUUGAAUAUUUCAAAUACUACAAAUACCAUGACAGCAUUCUGCAACAAGGUGCAGGAAAAGAGUCUUAGGAACCCAUGGUCUUUGCAAAAAUCCAAUGGGUUAAAAUCGCCCCCAGAAGCAACCAGGGAGACAAUUAGAAACUAACUGGAAGCAUUAAGGGAUGGUUUGGCCAAACUCGGAUGUUGCCAAUUAUAUUUUGCCACUAUGAAGGAAGGG